UCCAUAGAGGUCUCUGGUUUAGCCUCUUUCUGCACUGGUGGCUAAAGUGACACAAACAAACCGCUCCCAAGUGACUCGUUUCGGGUACAUUGGUCCGCACAAAGAUAUAUUACGCAUCUGGAAAUGUUACGUAACUGAUUUAGCAACACCAAAAGCCGGUUUAUCCCCGGUAGGACGGUUUCUCCCCCCCCCUUUAUGAAGUUGUUAAUGCUGUAUUUGUAAGUGACAGCUUCGCCUUUGAAAGCAGAGGUCGAUGUUUCCUCAUGUAGGAUUUGUGCUUUUAUCCGUCAAGAGCAUUUACGGGUUGGCGAGAAAGACGGAUAUGUGUGUCUUCAUUUGACAGAGCAGAGGAGGUACACUUUGGGCUUGCUUGCCAUGGGGAACUCGGGCAGUAAUAACCUGGGGAUCCCGAAGGCCAAGGGCCCCCAUCCCGUGGGCUGCACAGACUUCAUGAUGGACCACAGCGCACAGGGAAGCUUCUUCAGGCUUUACUAUCCUUGUCAAGAGACGGAGGAAGCAGAAAAACCUGAUUGGAUCCCGUGCAGGGAGUAUUUUAACGGACUGGGAGACUUCAUGAAAAUCAGAAGGAGUCUCAGUGAAAGGAUUUUCAACUACCUCUUUGGGUCCUUUAAGAUCCCAGCCUACUUGGACGCGCCUUUCAAGUCCAAUGAAAAAUGUCCGGUGAUUAUCUUCUCCCACGGCCUCGGGGCCUUCAGGACCUUGUAUUCAGCUAUAUGUGCAGAACUGGCCUCUCAGGGCUUCAUCGUCGCGUCCGUGGAGCACAGAGACCAGUCCGCCUCGGCUACGUAUUAUUUUCGUGAAAAGACAGACGAGGAGAAGGCGAAAGACAACUCGAGCCAAACUCCAGCCGCGGCCCAGAGCGAGCUGGUGACGGAGUGGAUGUACUACCGAGCGCUGCAGCGCGGCGAGAGCGAGUUCCCGCUCCGAAACAAGCAGGUGAAGCAGAGAGCAGACGAGUGCAUUCUGGCGUUGAAUAAACUCUUCGAGAUCAACUCGGGAGUCGCCGUUGAAAAUGUGUUGCAGACGCGCUUUGACUGGACAACGCUGGAGAACACCAUGGACCUGUGUCGAAUAGCAGCGAUGGGGCAUUCGUUUGGCGGAGCCACGGUUAUUGAGGCUCUGUGCAAAGAGGUUAAGUUCAAGUGCGGCGUGGCCCUGGACGCCUGGAUGUUUCCCGUCGGGGACGAGGUCUUCCCUCAAAUCAAGCAGCCGAUCUUCUUCAUCAACUCCGAGAAGUUCCAGUGGGCGGGAAACAUCAGCCGCAUGAAGAGGCUGGACUCGGCCCUCAUCCAGAGGAAGAUGAUCACCAUCAGGGGAACGGUCCACCAGAGCUUCCCGGACUUCACCUUCCUGACGGGAAACUGGAUCGGGAAGCUGAUGAAGCUGAAGGGAGAGAUCGACCCACAACUUGCCAUCGACCUCUGCAACAAAGCAACCUUGGCUUUUCUGCAGCGCCACCUUGGUUUUCAGAAGAACUUUAAUCAGUGGGACCAUCUGAUCGACGGGAACGACGAAAACCUCCUUCCAGGAACGAAUGUCACCCUGCUCCAGUCCUCCAUCUGACCCGCUGCUGCAGGAGAACCCGGGGCGACCCGACGGCGGCCGGCUCUCGCCUCCUGCUCCACAUUCAUCGCAACAGUCCCAGAAAUGUCAAGCCAGGUCUACUUGGCAUUUUCAAUGUUAUUUUGAAACAAGUUUUUGGAAUAACCACCGAGAGGAAAGCCUGUCUACCUCAACAGCAGAACCGUUGCUCUUCCAGAGGAAGCUCCCGGCGGAGUGCCGUUUGUUUCAGGAGGCCUGAAUGUUGCGCACAAGCGGCUCAAGACUUCCUGUUAUCGAUUUUCUUUUUUUAAAGGAACCCCAACUAAUCCGAUUUACCGGACCUAGUGUGCCUUAAUCUCUCGCUCCUACCAAAUCACCACUUUAAUAAUGCAUCAAAUCUUUCUAAUACAGUAAUCCCUCGCUAUAACGCGGUUCACCUUUCACGUCUCGCUGCUUCACGGCUUUGCACUGUGCAUCGUGUUCCGCAUUCUGAUUGGCUUAACAGUCUCGCCGCUUCUUCACUUCCUGUGUCAGUAACGCUGGUCGCUUAGCAACAAUGCUGAGAACGGCCAAUGAGCUUCAGCAGCAGCUCAAGAACGGGACCCUUUGAUGAAUCGUUCAUUACAGUCUCAGAUAUAAUCCAUGGUGGCAUGUCGGUUUAUAAGAAUCUUUUUGCCCAGAAGAAAAAAGAGCGACAAUAACUAACCAUAACUAUGUUCUUCUCUGGAAAAAAACACACCUGCACCGCGGCUUUAGGAGAAAAAGACACUACCGAGCGAGUCAGGAUGCAGCGGCUCAGAAGAGCAUUGAAAUACGCGCCAGUCACUAUCUGUCCUACUGUACUUAUUGUAUUUUUUUUAUAAUCAUUUUUAUUUUUCUCCCGUUCAAAUCCAAUUAAUCGGGUCGCGGUGGGGCUGAUCUCCGCAAUUUGAAGCCUUGUAUAAUAAUUGUAAAAAAAAUUCUAUCACGGGUUCUUUUUUGGAACGUAACGUUGGAAAAAGGAGGGAUUACUCUAUAUAUUUUAAAAUGAUAACGUCCGCCUUUGCUUUAUGCAGCGCAAUGCAGUGUGGGUCGAUGUCGUGAGACGCGCACACUUCACAUCACAAACCCUCAGAUCAUGAAGGAUUCAGCCGGACGCAGCGUUGCUGUCCAGUUCAGCUGAUUUCAGGAAGCCGCUGCUGCGUCGUACAGAUCCGCGCCGUCGGUUUCAUUCCCGGGAAACUCCAUGUCCAAAACAUCAACAAUCCGCUGUCUCUCCGUUGCUCUCUCUCGCUAAGUAACCGUGGCAACAGAUAGUGUCGCCUUCCCAAAAUGCUUUUCACCCUGGCCCAUCUUUAACAACAAUAAUGCAUUGCAACGUAAACAAAGGUGCACUAUAGGAAGGAUAUUCUCUUAAUCUUUAAAUAUAUUUUUUUUAAAAGCACCUUGGGACUCAUAUUAACGCAACCCAUGUCCAUGUUAAUCAAUCAAGCCAUACAUGUUGUAUUAGUUUGGGUUCUUUUUAAAGGAAUUCUUUGAAUCACUUCUAUUUUUGUAAAGAAAUUUAACAGAAUUAAAGUUAUCUAGAUAAUCGUCCCCCGAGAGACGAGUAACUGAUUGAUGUGAGACCUUCGUAUCUGAACAAUCGACGAGGUCAGGGUCUGAUUGCAGAUUGGUUUUAGUAGCGUAGCGCGCUCUGACUCGUACGUGUAGCUGAACACUACAACGGCCACGUGAACACGUUAUGUGCCAAACUUCACGGUCGAGUUCCUCCUCUGUGAAAGACGCUCAGCACUUUUAUACAACAGCAUUUUUACAGAAAACAAAUCCAAUAAAUAAACCUUGAUUGUAAUUUAAACGUCAAA